GCUGCGCCUCCCUCACCGCCUCCCUCUGGAGAGGCGGUCAUCAGGGGACGCCGUGCAGGCUGGAGCCCCUCUGGACUCAGGCGUUAAACCAGCCACCGCCUCCGCCCCACUUCCUCCGGCUCCGCUUCCCUCACCUUCCCGCUCCGUCUGAGGAUGUGGGAAUCCGCCCGCGCCCCAGCCCCCUCCGUGGCUGCGGACCCCUCUCCCACCCAGUGACCUCCUGGCCCACUUCCUUGCCCAGAGGGGCCUGGGUUGGCAUCCGGCUCCCGCGUGCCCCGCAGGUCGUCCCCGCUCCCCCCGGCCUGUUUCCUGUACCGUUCACUCCGCCAGGACGCCUCGUCGCGAGAGGGCCUGGCGGAGGUGACAGUGAGGGGGUGCUAAUGCUGUCCCUUCGUCCCUUUCUUUCACUUUAGUUCUUUAAUUUUAAACUUCUCAUAAAAUCUUCACUAUUCCUCACUUACAACAGAAACCCAAAUCGGUUAGAGCGGUGAUUUUUAUCACUCUCCCCGUGAGCUGCAGGAGAGACUUCACCUGGCAUCCUGAUGCCGCAGGGGCCCCCAGAGAGCAGACUGGAUCCCAGGCUUUCCUCUCUGUACCCUCUCCCCUCUCCCUGAAGCUAGACACAGCCCUACUCCCGCUUGGGGAGCAGCGGAAGAGCCUGUGGCUCCCCACUUCUGACUUGGGAGAUGGUGGGCUGAUCCUAGGUGGGAAGCGCAGGCGCAGGCCAUCUAAGGGAUGGAUGGAUGUGGCCUACCAGGGCUUUGCCUACCACAGAGCUCAGAGCACGGGUUCCCUGUCGCUAACAACUGUUGUGAAGGGAAUCCCAUCCACACAUCUCCCAAAUAGCUGGGGCCAUAUCCGGGCGGCCCGUGGCUGUCCAGUGACCACCAUUCCUCACUGGUUCAGGACACUCCUCCCUGGGGCAGUGCUGCCAGCCAUCAGGAAUGCUGGGGGUGUUGGGGGUGGCCUGCCCAGCCUGACACUGACUCUCCAUGCAGAUGGGACUGGCGAGGGCCUGGCACGGGGCUGCAUAGUGCCUGGAGUCACCAGCACCUACAGACGGAUCCCGGACGCUGCCCACGGGUGCUCAUCCUGGGAGAGAGGUGACAAGCUCAGAGGUGUCAACAGGGAGGCGCUGUUUCUCAAACUGGCUUCCCGGGACUCAGGAGUGGAGAUGGCAGUUGGGGACAGCCCCCUGGCUGCCUUACCAGGCCUUUCUCAGGACUCCCUGGACUUUGAAUCCUCAGGGAGUCCCGAGCCCCCAGCCCCUGUAGACCAGCCCCUGGCCAGCCAGAAGCUGGGACAAGUGCUGGAGCAUUCCCACCGGCUCCCAACAGCUCCCGCUAGCUUGUCAGGACAACACCGCUGCCUGCGGCCGCCCAGCAAGUGCGAGCGUGAAGUGCCCCUUUUUGGAGCAGGGGAACCGGAGUCCAUGGAGGCAGACACAGACCUAGAGGCAGGCCUGGAGGAAGAGGCGGUGGGGGGCCUGGGGCCUGGAGCCUGGGCCUGCCUCCCUGGGCAGGGUCUUCGCUAUCUGGAACACCUGUGCCUAGUGCUGGAGCAGAUGGCAAGGCUCCAGCAGCUCUACCUGCAGCUGCGGAUCCAGAGGCCCCCAGGGGAUCCCGGUGAGAAGAAGUCAGCCCGAGCCCCUUUACCGUCCCCCUUACACACCCCAGGUAAUGGGGGGCAGCGGCCAUGGGAGCUGCUAAGCCAGACAGAGCAGACAGGGGCAAAGGCUGCUUCACCCCCAAAGGUGGAGGUGCCCAGCGCCAACCCUCCCAGGCUGCCAGAAACCCCAGUGGAGCCAGCGUACCACUUGCCAUCCUCCCAGGGACACAAGGAUCGAGUCCAGGGACCUCCCUGAAAGGCCUCAGUGCCGCCCCCACCGGAAAACCUUUAUGCCGUCAUUAGUGGUUAAGAAACAACGAGCACAAAACCUUUCUGUAGGCUGAGACCUCUCGGUGCACCUGGUGACCCUGGGUGGAGGGGACUUGCUGUGAAGUCUUCCUCGCCCUUUGCCCUGUUGCUGCUUCUCCACAUUGCCAGGAAAAGCUGCUGAUGCCUGCCCUCCUCUCUUGAGUGGAGGGUGAAUCUUUCUCCUCUAAGCAGUCUGGUCAGGAGCCCUGGUUUCUUGAGAGGCCCCCAAGAUGCGGCAGCUCCAGGGCUGUUCCUCCUCACCAGAAAUCCCUGGGCUUCCACAAUGUGAACUCACUCAUUAUCAGGUGUCCAUGGAGUGUUUUUGACACGGUGACCUGUCUGGGCCCAGCAUGUUGCAGAUGUGUAUUUAUGCACAAUGGUAUGCAUAUCUCUGUGUGACUGUCAGUGUUGCAAGCUGGCUGGAUCCAACCAUCUCUUCUGAAAUAAUGCAUCCAAAGGGUUGAUAUUCUGGGGCAGGUCACUGCAGAAGGAUGGAACUGACCUUUAUUCCCCAGUGGGCAGUUACUGAGCUUUCUGCCUCAGAGCCGUGCUGGCAGCCCUGGGACAGAGAACGGUGUGGCUUUGACUGCCUCUGCAUGGAGUCUUGCCCCAGACUCCUGAAGACUGCACCAGAAAUGAGGAAGAUCAGGGACAACCUGGGAACAGAAGAAUAACUUUCAAAGCCAGUGCUCAGCUUCUCUCCCCCGUGCUAGCGUUUACAGGCCCUAACUCAAACCAGAUGCCUGUACUUGUUUUUAGACCCUAAAUCAACCUUUCUGAGCCACAGUUUCCAGCUGGGAAUAAUGAUGCCUGCCCUACCUACCUCACAGACUUGUUAUGAGGAUAAAGUGAGAUUAAACUGCCUCAAAGUG